ACGAACUUUUUAAUUGUUCCUCGUUAACCGAUCUUAUCUUAAAAACAAGUGAAUGCAAAUUUACUGAUCUUAUUAUCUUUGCCUUUUUACUUUCCAAUGAGGUAUUUCAGAUAAAAACUACAGAAACCAGGCCAUCAUUUCUGGCCAUAUAUGUAUGGCGCAGCUCAAAACAAGUACAGUCUACUGAUAAUUAUACUUUUGUGAGUUUUGUCCCUUUGAGAAAGAUCAAUAUACAUUAUACAUGUUCCGCCGGCCGUGCUUGUAGUCUUACCUGCAGCUAUGAAAUUUGAGAUGCUUGGAAAAGCACGGCCGUAAUAUAACAGUGUUUGGUGACUAAAUCGUGGCUAAAAGUCAAAAGGCUUUGCGGAAUCAGCUAUAUUCUUUGCAAAGGAAUGACAAACUGUUCUAUCAGAGAGGGAUCCUUGUUUCUGGGGACAGCAGGCGAAGCAGGCAUGUUACGCUCAGCUACAAUGGCGACGUUUAGAACAAACUCACAAUCUGGGCAACACGAGAUCAUUCUUAGAGAUUUGAAAGACCUUUUUGAGAACUGGUAAACUAGCCUCACUGAAGUUAUCAUUUUGGUUUGGGGAUGGUGCAUUUGCAGCAGAGUUUUUCUAAGUGGAAACAUAGAUGACGUAACAACUUCCACAAACACAUUCAAUAUGGCUGGUUUUUAUUACCAUUUUAGAAGAGUUUUUCUCUUAUUUUUUCUGCUUUUUGAAAGUUCAUUUUCCCGUAUACACAAUAUUCAAUUAGAGAAUGAUCAGCGAGGACACGUGAAGAUUUCAACAUUUGGAAUUUUAAAAAAAGGACAAAUAUAUAUUAAUAUUAAGAAUUUAACUUUUAAGAAAAGUGAAGAUAAACAAAUGCGGCUUGGCUUGAGUAUUCAGAAGACUACAAGCAGUGGUAUGGCAACGUAUAUGGAAGGUCACACAGACAAGUGUUUGUUGGAGCCAUCAAAUAUUGAUAAAAAUAUUGCCAUUGAUCUCUUUAUAUUUAACUGGACUCAUCGUAAUGACAUGCUGGGCAGCAUUGAAGUAGUAAAAUGUGGCAACAUAUUUCCAGUCAUCAAAGCAUCGAAUGUGAAACAAAUCAAGAAUCCAAUCUCUCUGGGAUAUUGUACCAAAAGUGAAACAAUACCAUUGUUUGUGUAUGAACCUAAAUCCAGUGGCAAGAUCAGUAUCAAUGGCAGCUUUAUUCUGGAGGUACAAAACAGCACAGAAAAAGGUUUAUACAAUACGUUUUUUCAUAACUGUCAUGGUGGGAUUGGAAACUCAGUGGACAUGACGAUCACAGUUGUAGAGGAAAAUGAUGGUAACUAUUUGUCUGCUGGAGAUGCACCACUACCAAUGGUCUUUGGAUUUUUUGCUGUGGUCUUCUCCAUUUUAUCAUGCAUUUGGUUUUAUAUUCUUAGGCAAUAUUGGUCUGAAACAUUUAAAGUUCAUUAUUUAAUGUUUCUCUUGGUGUUAUUGAAGUCCUUGGAUGUUCUCUUAAAUGCUGUCAAUUAUUACUACAUUGGACGUGAUGGAACAAAGGCGGAAUCCUGGGCGGUUCUUCAUUAUAUUGCUCACUUAUUCAAAGGUGGUUUACUCUUUACAACAAUCAUUCUCUUGGGAACUGGAUAUUUCUUCAUCAAACAUGUUUUAUCUGGACGAGAUAAGAAAAUAUUUCUUAUUGUCAUUCCAUUACAGAUUUUUGACAACAUUGCAUUGAUUAUAAUGGAAUCAACAGAAGAAGCACAAGCUGAUUAUAUUACUUGGAAACAAAUAUUCCUUCUGGUUGAUCUGUUAUGCUGUGGAGCUGUGUUAUUUCCAGUUAUAUGGGCUAUCAGGCAUCUAAAAGAAGCAUCACAAACGGACGGAAAAGCUGCUGUGAAUUUGGCGAAAUUAAAGUUGUUUCGACAGUUUUACAUCAUGAUUGUUUGCUAUAUCUACUUCACGAGAAUUAUCGUUCAAAUAGUAAAGAUAACAGUUCCCUUCCAAUAUUUCUGGUUAGAUGAGUUUUUCUUGAAUUUAUCGAUGAUGGCCUUGUUUAUAAUGACUGGAUAUAAAUUCCGACCUGGUUCAGACAAUCCUUAUCUUCAUGUAUCUCAGGAUUCUGACGGGGAAGAAAUGGAGGAAGUGGUGACACAAACAGGACUGACAGAGAAUGUGACUCGUGUUCAGACUAACGGAGAUAGUGGUGCUGCUCAAAGAGUCAAAAUGUCUGCUGCUUGAAGUAUUUGAACCGAUUGUCCCAAUAAUCAACUUGCAAUAAAAUUAACCCCAACUGACUAGAAACACAACAAGCAGGCGUGGCGUGCAGUCUGGUAUGGAUGUCUGCACGAUUGUCAGGGUAGCAGAUGUUUUAAGAUGUAUAUUAUUAACAUUCUACAAGGAAAUCUGGAAAGGAUUUAUUUGUGUGGAUGAUGGGUGCAAAGCUUUACCCUGUUUGGACUAAAAUGAACCCGGACGUAUUUGCAUUUGAUUGUAUUAAAAUACUGUUCGCUUUAAUUGAAAACAAUACAAUUAAGUGUAACAACUAAUUUCGUAUCACACUAAAAUUAUGAAAAAUGCAAUCAGUAACGGUUUAAGAAUGUAACACAAGCGAGGUGUGACACUGGCUGGUCUUUCACCGUGUCUUAUUGACGCACUAGAACUAUCAAUUUUGACAGAUUGGUUUAGUUGAUGCACCUCUCAUCAGGUAAAAACAUGAUAUUAUGUAAUGUUCAUCGAUGUAUGUACGUACAAUGCAGAGCCCCGUUAUUUGGGAAUUAUGAUUAAAAGUUUUGGAACGAACCAUA